CUAAUAGAUUAAAGUCGACAUUCUCAGGAUAAAAAGGACCCCAUGAACAUGAAGAAAACAUACUCUGGCAUUGCGAGGUCCACUAGUGGCAGGCUGAGGAGGCCAGAGAGAGGAGAGGCAACAAGUCCUACUGCGCUUAAGAGGUCAUUUGAAGUGGAGGAGGAUACAUCCACAAACCCAUCCCCUCUUUCCCGAAGAACAACCAAUCCUUUGCGCUCCUCCACCUCUUCUACAAGCAGCCGUUUCCACGACAUGAGAUCGCUCAACUCCGAGUCCACCUCCAGGCACACUUCAGAUUCCUCCUCCUCCAACCAGCGCUCUCCAAAAUCCAGCCUGAGGCGCGUGGAGUUAUCGGGGGGCCGCGUCCCAGAGACUGUGUCACGCAGGACAGAGAUCUCCAUCGACAUCUCCUCCAAGCAGGUGGACAGUUCUCCCAGUCCCGGUAUUGCCCGCUUCGGCUUAAAGAGACCUGAGGUCUCGCUCCAGAGUAAAGCCACAGAUGGGUCUGUUCACAGAAGGGCUGAGGGUAACCACAGCAGACCCCAGGAACCUCCAACACCCCCUAGGAGAGCCGACCCACCAAUAUCCUCGUCCCGGAUCCCUGAGCUGUCCCAGAGGCGAGCAGAGCCUCCCAGCCCUGUUGAGAUCUCAGCUCCAUUUAGACGGGCUGAGGUGAACAUUAACAGACAGCUGGACACACCGUCUCCUGCAAGGGAGUCAGAGAACAGCUUCAUCUCAGCAGCCAGCAUCACUCCUACCUUCAAUGAAUACAAAACCCCUCCAUCAGUACAUGAACCCCCCGUAAGACCUCUAGAGAGGUCAGAGGUCAUUUCCAGCUACAGCAGCAGUAGCAGCAGCAGCAGUAGCGUCAUGGCAGAGUCGGUUAUACCAGAGAUGCCUCCAGCCAUGUACCUGGAGAAGCCCAGCGUCGACUUCAGCUAUGUGGGCAUCGAUGCCAUCCUGGAGCAGAUGAGGAGGAAGGCCAUGAAACAGGGCUUUGAGCUCAACAUCAUGGUAGUGGGUCAGAGUGGUUUGGGGAAGUCCACACUGAUGAACACGCUCUUCAAGUCUAAGGUGAGCCGUAAGUCUUUCCUGGGCACGGCUGAGGAAAAGAUUCCCAAAACCAUCGAGAUCAAGUCCAUCAGUCAUGAUAUCGAGGAGAAAGGAGUUCGAAUGAAGCUGACGGUCAUAGACACACCAGGGUUUGGUGACCAGAUCAACAACGAGAAUUGUUGGCAGCCCAUAAUGAAGUUCAUCAAUGACCAGUAUGAGCAGUACUUGCAGGAAGAGAUCAAUAUUGACAGGAAGAAGAGGAUCCCAGACUCACGAGUGCACUGCUGCAUAUACUUCAUACCACCCACAGGACACUGUCUUAGGCCUUUGGAUGUGGAGUUCAUGAGACGUCUUAGUAAGGUGGUGAACAUCGUUCCUGUCAUCGCUAAGGCUGACACCCUGACUCUGGAGGAGAGGGACUUCUUCAAAAAGAAGAUCAGGCAAGAGCUUCGAGCCAAUGGGAUUGACGUCUAUCCACAGAAAGAGUUUGAUGAGGACGCGGAGGACAGAACGAUCAAUGAGAAAAUAAGAGAAAUGAUUCCUUUUGCAGUAGUAGGAAGCGACCAGGAGUAUCAGGUCAAUGGGAGAAGGCUAUUGGGAAGGAAAACAAAAUGGGGAACCAUUGAAGUUGAGAAUAUUGUCCACUGUGAGUUUGCCUACCUGCGGGACCUCCUCAUAAGAACCCACAUGCAGAACAUUAAAGACAUCACCAGCAGCAUCCACUACGAGAUGUACCGUGUCCGUCGGCUCAACGAGAUGGCAUUGUGGAGAACCUGGAUAUGGAAUAUGCCAUCAGGCAUCUGCGGAAACACGGAGGACCACAAGUAUGUCAUUGAAAAAUCUAGUCAAGUAAAGUCGUGGAAGCUUAAUCGAAUCCUUAAAUGA